AUGCCGUUUUCAUGCGGUAACGUGAGAGGCGCCUCAGUCAACAACGCAAGCCGUGAAACAAGGAUGGAGCAUCGCAUCCCGCUUCCCACCUCCAACAUCCUGCUGUUCCGCGGAGUGCCGUUCCUGGUAGCUGAUCAAGCCGGAGCCAACCGGACCCCCGAUCCGGCUUCGGGAAGGGAACCGCUAGCUCGUGCUUAUCCCAAAGACGGGCCACUGAUGUCGUGCCACGGUUUGGAGGGGAUGAAGUCAUCUGUGGAGGUACGUAUCGAGGAUGUUCGCUGCACCGAAUGUCCGAAGAUGGUGGGGUACCCGGAUGGUGGAAUGUUUCUGCACCAGCCACAUGACCCUAUGCUUCGCUUCCGCUUUCCUCAGCCACGACCGCAAAGCCACAUCCCGAUCGGAGUAGACAAGCAACGUCUUUUCAACCACUCGUUAGCAUUUGAGCACCCUAGCGCCAAAGACUCUCCUUUACAGAAACCAACAUCCACUACCACCACCAAAAAGCGCCCCGCCUGCGUCAUCACCACCAUUGCGUCGUCUGCUCGUUUGUUUGCUACGCGGCUACUCGCGCAUUCGACUGUCGCUACGCAACUAAUUUCGGUUCUUGCUUGCAACUACUGUUGCUUGUCUGAUUCACUUGAUCGGCUUGGCCUUCUGGUUGUUCUUACGACCAGAGACUUGGUAGCAAAAUACCUUUUUGCAGCUUUCCCUUCCAGCAUGACUAAUGACUUAGUGGCGGAAUUUCCCCUACUAGAUCCUACUGUCGUUAUCGCAAUCGCGAGCGAAAUAGAUCUUGAAGAUGCGAGCCAGCUCACCGACGUUCGCGGGAUGCUGCAGAGCAUAGAGCAGAAUGUGCUGGUCGAAGAAGCGAGCGGAUUCAAUGCCAGCGGUGUCCCGGACACCAUCAGCUCCGGUGAUGGGGGAGUCGAUGCGCGAGACAGCUCCACGGUCUCGGAGGGGCUUCAGCCGAGGGACUCGGAUUCCUCUGGAACCAGGCUGACGAGCCCGCCUCCAUCUGAACCGGAUUAUGACGUCCCCCGUAUAGCAACCUUUGACGGCGACUCGGAUCAAGAGAAACUCUUGCAGCUGCAGGAUAUGUUCUCAGACCUGAAGCCGCAUGAUGUGAGCUUCGCGCUCAAGAAAGCCAAGGGCGACUUCCAAGCCGCCCUGGAGACCUUGUUGAACAUUCAGUAUCUUGAGUCCAUCGGCGAGAGGCCAAAGGGCAUCGAUGGCUUCGCGGAUUCGGGGCUGUCCCAAAAGGCGUCCGGGAAAAAGAAAGCCAAGGGGAAGAAACGAAAAGAUCUUCGUACGGACCUGUCGUCCAGCUCAAGUAGCAUCAAUGAAACUUCGCCUGUCAUUGAUGAAAAUGAACGAGUUGAGAAGAUCCUGUUCAUCGUGGAGAAGCUCGAUCUGCCGUUCGAUGAAGUCUCGGACGUCUUUGAUGCGCGGAAAGGCUCAACAGAACUGACCAUCAUAGAGUUUCUCGAUCGUUUUGUUAAGCAAGGUGUAGGUGCCUGGACUGGCGAAGACGAGCACCGGAAGCAGUACAUUCAGGAACUCAAGAAGCAAUUCCGACACAUUCCCGAACAGUACUUGUCUCCCCUCGACGAAGUCACACGUAGCGACCAUCAGUGGACAGAGGAGGUUGCUACGUUGCUGAAUCGUUACUAUGGCAAGUUGCCCGCCAAACGCCUGGACAUCAACUACAAGCUAGCGCCUUUGACGACGGAAGAGCUGGAGGGCUCGUCCGAUGGCUGGCAAAAGGUUGCCUCGCCAAAAACGUCACUCAUGUUGCCCAUUGGGCGGCCCCUGAACAGCCCAGUUCUCCUGAACAGCCCCUCGUCAGGACCCCGCACUUAUCAGCAGGCCAUGGACACAGCUGGCAUGUACCGCGAGGCCAGCAGUCACUCUUAUACGACUGCCGGCCAAGUGUACAAAAAGGGACAUUUGUACAGGCAGGCAGCAGGAUACUAUGCAGAUCGUGGACGCGAGGAGGCGCGCAGUUUCGCCAAGGCAAAGAGCGUCGCGGCCGAUAUACACGUUUCCAGCACUAGUUCAGGAAAGUCGAUCGAUCUCCACGGCGUUGAAGUUGCGGACGGCGUCCGAAUCGCUCGUGAGCGCGUUUGGGACUGGUGGAAUGGCCUCGGCGAGUACCGAGCAAGAAAGGCGGCCGAAGGCUUCACAAUCGUUACAGGCCGUGGCCUCCAUAGUGCCGGAGGUGUGUCGCGACUGAGACAGGGCGUUAUUGCCGCCCUCGUCAACGACGGAUGGAAAGUAUCGAUCGAAACUGGGAGCUAUCGAAUGGCGCUUGCUUGCGUCAACUUGGCAAGUCUGGGCCCGGCUUCGAGAGCCUCGGAUGCUUCCGAGCAGGCACCAGCAUUAAGCAACUGUCCUGAAACCUGCAUAGCCGUCGCCCGCAUUGUCAAUCGGGCGUUCGAGAGAGCGAAUAAUAUUGGACGAAUUCUGGGCGAAGACGAUAUCCCUUUGGAAAUUUCGACACAGUGUACAGCUCAACUACCUAGUAGAAGAAUGUUUGAUCAUGAGGUGCUUCUUGACAUGUCGAUGUUCGACUUCAAGCAGUUCAAGCCACUAGCCUACGCGUACCUCAGCGUGCCCAGCACCCCCGAAGACGGGACUUUGGUAAGAUUCGCGACGAUCACCACCGUAACCGUAACCACAUCAAAGCCUAAACCAGACCCCAACGACACCAAAACAACUGAUACAUGUCAAUCCUUCUCCAAAGAAAAAAUCCGAAUCGCGCCGCCGCUGGGCGUUUCUUUACACCCAGUCAAAGUGGACCUCCAGGCACCCGAAUUCCGGACAACGUCAGUGGAUGAACGACUUGGAGAUCCCGCAUGGCGAAGCCGGGGCGUGCCUCCGCGGCUCUCGGGACCCUUUGUUGCCAUUGGUGAAGAGUGCGGAAGGGGGAGUGUCUGUUGGCUCGAGGGAUGGGAGCCAAGCUGGGUGCGCGUGAGAUUCCAAGGCGUACUCACGUUGACGGGUGUCCAUCCUACUAUCUCUCUCGGAUAUGGGUCUGUCUGCAUGCUCUGGUUCUGA